AAGCCACGUCCACACCGACUGUCGGUGUCCGCACCUUUAGCUCUGUGCUAGGUAACUAGAAAUGCUCGUCCGCGAUUUCCUGCAAGCUAGAACCACGCAAGAUUGUCACGCGUUCGGUGUCUGUCUCGAGACACUCGGCCAUCUUCACUACUUACGUGGCAGAUGUGGGCAUAGGCCCGUCAGUGAAAUUCAAAGACGUCUAUGUACGACGUACGUACAGUCGGCGGUACUAUGUGGAUUGAAUGCACCUCAGCAUCCAUGUCCUCAUGCCACCCAUACUAUGGAUGCCCAGACACGACUGAGGACAAGUCCGAGGUCGUCGGUGUUCUGCAAACCGAUGCUCAAUACAAUUUAUCAUUAUCAGGCGCGCCGUCCGCACACGCGUCGACCUCGAGGUGCGAUUACGGCGAUAGAGAUGCUGGAGAAGGCUAGGGACGACACCCUUCGCGCCAACAAUCGUCUACCCAGGUCCUCUAUCUCACAUCCAGCGAAUUUCGUUUUGCUAUGCCCCUUCGAGAAGAGCGUGGACAGGCGGAGCGCGUCGGACUCGAUAUCACAUCCGCGUUUUCAUCAAACUUCGACCGGAAUUGGUAGCAUCGAGAGCGAGCCAGACCGACGUUUGCGGCUGAUGUCGACUGGCAGAGCAUGUGGGGCACCCAAAUACAAUGCCGGGCAAAGGUCUGACGCCCUUCGCGCCCUCUGGCUGUGGACAUUCUUCUGAUGUGGUACAGUACGUAGCUCAACGCGUUAGCGGGCAAAUGGGUCUCUCGCUAUCAAGGCUGCCGAGAGCACGUUAUCGGACUCUAGAACCCUAGAGGAUAUCUAUUUCACGCAUG